ACAAAUUUUGCUUUAGACUGCAGUGCCAAAAUGAAUUUUGGCUAUCUCUUCGCUGAUGUAUCGUUGUGUGGAUAUAUGCAAGAGCGUUAUGCCUUCGCUUUGUUGAUGUUAUGGGCGUUUUUGAGACUUUAUAUACACCAUGUACCAAUUACAAUAUCUCAGUUGCUAGAAGUCAUUCCAAACACCAACAGAUGGUUACAAAUGCAAAGUCUUCUCUACACCGCGAUUACAGGAGGCUCAUUUGGACAGCCAGCUUGUGCACUAGUUUGACUGUUUGUGUGGGUGCCUAAACGAGUUGUUUAUUUUUUUUUCCUUUUUUCGUCAAAGGGUCCGUGAGUUGGUUCUUUUGGUUCAAUCCACUUCCAUUUAUGGUUAACAUGAAUUAGAUGGGUCCAUUUAUUGAGCAAAUAAGACAUGUUCUUAUUAUGUUGUUAGGCAAGUUUGUUUAUCGAUACACAAAUUUGUUAAGUCAAUUUCUUCACUUAGUUAGACUCGUUAAUUUUUUACCUUUGCUACAAAUCUAAUGACCAACUUGGAAAAAUUCAUGUGUUUUUCACUCCUUUGUUCUCCACCCGAUUCCUAUUUUAUUCCUUUGUUUUCCUAUUCCUGCAUUUUUGCUAUCCUAUGAACCAAAGGGAGCCUUAUAUAUGUCAAUGUGAUUUGUGACCUCAGUUCUAUACUUAUAUAGUUAUAUUGCAUUAUUUAUCAAUCGGUUUCCCUGAUGAAAAUGCCCAACCAUAAUAGACUAUCAAAUUGCAGAAUCGGGUCAUCUGAUGGAGAAACUGAGUCCCACUGGACAUAUUCCUCAACCUUCACGGUCACUGGAUGACCUUCCUAUGAAAGUAGCUUGCACGCUAUCACAAGGAUCUAAUGUAACUAGCAUGGACUUUCAUCCUUCUCGUCAUACGCUACUACUAGUUGGAUCUGCUAAUGGUGAAUUUACACUCUGGGAGAUAAGUAUGCGUGAGAGGCUGGUCACAAAGCCCUUCGAAAUUUGGGACAUGCAAGCAUGUUCAACACAAUUUCAGGGUGUCAUGGCUAAAGACUCUUCCAUGGCCGUUAAUCGAGUUACAUGGAGCCCUGAUGGAGACUUGAUUGGUGUUGCAUUUACAAAAAAUUUGAUCCAUCUGCAUGCAUACCGGCAUCCAAAUGAAACAUAUCAAUUUGUAGAGAUUGAGGCUCAUUCUGGAAGAGUUAAUGACAUAGUUUUCUCUCGGUCACGUAAGCAACUUUAUGUUGUCACUUGCGGAGAUGACAAGCUGAUAAAGGUCUGGGACAUGCAUGGGCAGAAAAUAUAUUCGUUUGAAGGGCAUGAGGCACCUGUGUAUUCUAUUUGCCCUCAUCACAUAGACCAGGUUAAGUUUAUUUUCUCAAUUUCCCUUGAUGGGAAAAUGAAGACAUGGCUUUAUGAGUAUCUGGGGACUAAGCUGGACUUUGAUAUUCCAGGAAAAUGGUGUGGUGCAAUUCUCAAUAGUGCCGAUGGAACUAGGUUGUUCUCUUGCGGAACAAGCAAAGAGGGAGACACACAUUUGGUUGAGUGGAACCAUGAAGGGUCUGUCGAGAAGUCAUAUUCUGGAUUCCGUAAAAAACCAGCUGGUGUAGCGCAGGGUGUCGUGCAGUUUGAUACAGCUCGGAAUCACAUUUUAGCUGCUGGCGAAGAUAACCAAAUUAUGUUUUGGGAUGUCGAUAACACCAACAUGCUUACCUGCAUUGAAGCUGGUGGAGGCUUGCCAAGCUUUUCACGGUUAAGGUUCAAUAAAGAAGGCAAUCUUCUUGCUGUUGAUACAGUAGAUAGUGGUUUUAAGAUACUUGCAAAUACUGAUGGGCUUAGAUCUUUACCGGCUUUUGGUAAUGUGCCUUCCGAAGUAUUCAGAUCGCCAUAUGAAGCUUCUGAGAUGAAGGUCUCAGGUCCUCCUAUUGUCGCGAGCAUCUCUCCUAACAUUGGCCAAACUGAUCACUUAGACACAAAAUAUCCUGCAAAGCCAUCUCAAGUGAAUGGCAGUGAUCCAGCAUUUGGAAGCGUAGAUAAAAAGCAAAGAAUUUCAGAAGAAAAGUCUGAUAAAGCGAAACCUUGGGAGCUGAAGGAGGUUCAGCAAUUUCGUGCUGAUACAAUGCCAGAAACUGACCAAGCCAGCAAGGUAUCCAAGGUGCUCGACUACGACAACCUCCUGAGGGAGAUCAUCAUCCGCGUCGGCUUCCCCACCACCCUCGUCCAUGCCGCCCUCGUCUGCAAGCGCUGGUACCAUCAUGCCUCCGAACCCGCCUUCCUCCGCCUUUUCCACGAGCGCCACCCGCCCCGCCUCCUCAGCUUCUACCUCGAGAACAGGAAGGAUUAUAACAUGGCUUCUAUUCACUUCAUCCCGAUGCUACCUCAGCCCCCAGAGCUUUCCACCGUCAUCCGCACUGUGCAGAGCUACAGUUGGGGCUUCUACCAUGGCGCCCCGGCCAACUUCCGCUGCUCCCGGAAAGGCAGAGUCAUCGUCAGCUUGUACAACCUGGUCAACGACAACAAUUUCACAAGUCGGGUGCACAGUCCAUUAUGUCCUGAGAGAGGCCUGGUUGUCGUCCCACCAUUACCACACAUCCAAAUCCAGGACGACUAUUACUAUAGUAUGAAUGAUCUCCUCUUGGUGGAAGAAGCCGACGGUGUGUCCUACUUUCAUGUGUUGCUUGUGGCGAACAUGCAGAGAACAAAAUAUACGGUGCACGUAAAUAUGUUGCGACAUGGUGAUGGUGUGUGGCGCACGUAUCUUACCUUUGACAGAGACCAACUUCUUGAUCCGGAAUGGGAACCAAAAGCUGUGCUCGCCAACAAUAAAAUCUACAUAGCAAGCACACAGAACAUCAUUGAUUUCUUUGAUUUGACUACCUCAAGCAUCUCCACGGUUCAGCUCCCACAUGGGGUGGAGUAUGGCGAUAGAGAUACCAUGUUGGCACCAGCUGAUGAUGCUUCUGAUGUGUAUCUCAUCCAUGCUAAGAAUCUUCAGCUUGACAUCUGGCUCCACAAGGGGGACAACUGGUUGCUGGUGGACACCAUUUCUUUGCGUGACAUGGUUGCUAAUUUGAGGAUUCCAGGUUGCGAGGUUGAGGAUGAGCCCACUGCUCCUCUCUGGAUAAACCAUGUGGGGUCCUAUGCUGAGUUUGUGUUCUUGGAGAUGGGCCGAUGCGCACUUCACUUAGAUGUCAAGUGUAGGCAGUUGCGUAAAGUGUAUGAUAUGACAGAAGAAGAACUGGAUUUGGGUGAUAUCCAUCCUCUUACAAUGAUUUGGCCGCCCAUAUUCCCUGCUCUCACUGAUAACCUUGCAAGGUUUGCCUUUUGGCCUUUAGAUGAUUUGUAUAUUGCUUUUGUUGAGGUUACAUAG